AUAGCUGCAGAUCCUAUCGGGUAGAAAUUUUGCCUGUAAACUGUAAAUGUAUAGGCGAAUUUCAAGAGAUCUCCAAAGACGUAAUUGGCGAAUUAAUAAACGAACGCUCAAAAGCUCCUGAAACCAAUAAGUCACAGCUUUUUAAAUUUUUUUAUAGAGUUAUACUGUUCUGAAAGCAUUUCACACUGCAAAGGCUAUCGUCAACAAUGGCAAAGAGGGAGAUGAUAUUGCCGCAUAUUUCUUUCUCAAGAAAGGCAUCAUUAGUAUCAGAGAAAUAUUAUUUGCGGGAUCAGUUGCGGAUUUAAAACAGUUCUCUCAAUUGAUACAUUGCUAUAGUGGUAUUGCAAAUCUUUAGUUGGAAGGCCACAUUAUGAUACUCACUCAUUUGGCCAUCAUAUCGACAAUACUUCAAGUUGCUUAUUUGUUGCCUGUUGAAACAAACAAACGUGAUAAAAAGAGAUCCAUUGAUACUUUUUUGACACCCUUUGAUCUCGAAUAUAAGCCCCUCCAUAUUUCAUCGGAUACCCCUGUGUCUUUUCAAGAAACCAUACAAUUCUGGAAUUCUCUAGCUGAUGGUCCUUGGAACCAUGGGAUCGUCUUGACAGAUCCGUCAUUCUCUGGGGGAUCAGAGAAUCAUGGCCACUUCGAAUCCUUCUUGGGGGAAUUUAAAGAAUAUUCUGAUCCGUACCUUCUUCAAGGACUCGAUGCAAAGAGGGCAGCAAUUGUUUUAUACAGUAAGGAAUUGUUCUUCAGUGAUAUUCCCCACGAUAGGGCACUUUUGUAUAAUGAGGAGAAAAGGAGACUCAACGGAUUGUCAAGAAACAAAUUGGGCUCUUUGAGGCACACUUCUGCCUUCUUCAAAGGGUACGAUCGAUCCAAUUGAUUUUCAUAUUUAGAAAACACGUUUUGACGAAAAGUCUGAAAUACUGAAUAAUUUUCAUGUAAUGGUCAAAAAACUCGUUGAUUUUAUUUUGAAAACUACGAUGAAUACGCAUGUGAACUAAAAAAAAAAAAAAUACGGAAAUAAUUUGAUCAUAAAAAUAAAGUUUUGUGACACCCAAAAUAGAUCUACUUAUAUUAUGUAUCAGAAUUAUUAAAAAAGAAAA